GUAGUAGUCACUAAUCAGAGUGGCGGAUAUCAGCUAUCGAUAAACGCCAACCUUCUCUGUUAUCCCUCUUCCCCCCUAAACACUCGGUUGUUUACACCACAGCACAAUAUCUGGCCGAGAAUACUGGCUGGGACAUUGCAAGAUGGAGGUGUUCCUUUCAAAGGUCACCGGCCAGGCCAUGAACUUUGCCAUCAGGUCUGGCAUCAGUAUCACAGCAACAUAUGCAAUUAAUCAAUCCUCAAGGCUACUCAAGAAUGUCAGUGGCGCGGACAGAGCCGAACUGCUUGCUCUGCAGGAGCGCCUCCAAAGUAAAAUCAGGGUCAUCUCACCAGCAAUUGACAUGAUCGAGUUGAUCGCCGCGCGGGGGAAUACAUCUUUAGAAUCUGCUGUCUCUCUCACCAAGGCCCUCAGAUACGAUAUCCAGUCAUUAGCUAGCCGUUUAGAAAAAGCCGCCACUGCAGAAGAACUAGCUCGAAAAGGAGCAAUUUCGUCAGCAGCACGAUCUAUGAAUGAGGCUGAAAUCAAGCUCAUCAUCCGAGAGAUCAAACGGAUACUGAACCGGAUCGAAGAUGCCGUGCCGUUGAUGAAUCUCGCGAUUACUACAUCCGGGGCAAGUUUGUCGACAACAUUGCCGUCAACAAUCUCGCCAUCGCGUUUACUGCAAGCUAGCACUUUCCUUACGGCUUGCGACACACAGUACUCAAUGACUCCUGCCACAGCAGUCCAAGUUGGUCCGACUUUUACGCUGUCCGUUUAUAUGCUAUUUAGUGGGCAUAUUAGGCCUCAUGAUGAGGAAAGCGUCCGAGAAACAACGUGGAAAGAGGUGAUGCACAAAGCACGUGUAAAAAUAAGACGAGUUCCACUGGAUGUGUUUAUCGAUACCUCAGACAGCCAGACUCGCAGGUCUCAUCUGCCGGCUACAGCAAGAGCGGAUGAAUUUGCAUAUCAGAUUUUAAUUGUGGAAGACCUUGAUGAUGAUAGAGUUCACAGCUUCGACGAUGGUGCAGUGCGUCCGGGUCCCUAUGAAGGUAUCCACCUUGCUGGCAUCCGAGAAAUCAUUCCAAUCCACCAAAUAUCCAAAAUAUUCUACGCAGAUACCGGCAAAGUGCUCAAUAUCGGAAGUGAAGGGGAGACAAAUAAUCCCGUGUUGUUGUUGAAAAGAGAUAUUAAUGCUAUACCCCCACGUCGCAUGGUUGAGAGAGACGAAACAUAUUAUACUGAUCCAGAACUACCCAUCCACAAAGACGAAGAACAGGAUGAGCUUCAAUCCCAGCUCGAUGCCCAAUUGAAUAACGGAGCAGACAACGCAACCGAACAAGGCUAUUGCGAAUCGCUAUCAGACCGACAGAUACCGGACGCUUGGAAGCUCCCCCCGGGCCUAGAUCCAGAAUGGGUUGCCUUUGAGGUCUAUCAUGAGGAACAGGAAGACGACGAUGAAGAUGAAACCGAAGCUGAAGACGAAGCAGACACCAACACUACCAUUAAUCCGAAACGCAUGGCCAACCUCACCAUCAACGACAAGGAGAAACCACCCUCCUCCCCCUCACAGUCUCAACAAGUAUCCUUCUCCUCAGUGCAGGAAAUAUCCACGUCCACCACAUUCAAUCCCCUAUUCAACAACAUCCGCACAUCGCUUUCCCUCCUCGAAACACUCCUCCGCCUCACCUCUCUCCAACAAUUCCAACAACAAUCCCACCUCUCCAUCACCGACGAGCUCCUCAAUUUCUUCCUCGAAGAAUCUUCCAGCACCGGCGCCGGCGGCGACGAGUAUCACCGGCAACGCCUCCGCGCCGAGGCACGGCGGAAAGUAGGCUGGGAUCCGUAUGACGAGUCACCACUCAAGCGGCGCGGCGAAGACUACCAAUACCAAUACACCGACGAAGGGCACUGGACGCCGACCGGAACACCAGCGCGGUAUGGGUAUCGAGAGUCCAGCGUCGAUCCCGUAUCACCUAAUGAGCCGAAUCAGAUACGAUCUUCUCGAUACCAGACGCCGGAAUCAUCCCCAGGUCUGCCGAGACAGUCGGCCCGUCCGCCGCUACUGGCAGGGGAGCGAAAGGUUGUGUCCUUCAAGGGAUCGCCAUUGUCGAAACGUCCAACGACGGCGAAUACGGACGAGGGGCUUGGAACGAGUCCUGGAACGGGGGGUGAGUCGCGAGGUCAAAGCGCGUCAUAGAAAUGGGAAGUGAUGAUUUGGGACAAGACUUAUAGACUUGAAUUGACAGCGUUCAGCGUAUUCAGAUACCACUGGUAAAACGAUCAGGUUACUAAGCGCAUGUGCGGUUCAGCGUCAUUACACCAUAGUAUAUUCUUAU